AGUGUCUUGGCUAGCAACUUGUCUCGUGUAGUCUUCUAACACGCUGUCAUGAUGGGCGGCGCUCCUCCACCACCUCCGAGUGGAGUUUCACGAGCGCCGCCGCCGCCGAUGGUGAGCAAAAGCGUUCCCUUUCCUGCCGCCCCGGCAAUGCCAAAGCCAGGUGGCAAGGGUCAAGGUGCACCUCCGGCCCCGCCUCCACAGCAUUCAACGUGGGAAGAGCCUGAGCCUGCGUUUCCGAAGCGCCAACAAGGCACGCCAGCGCCCAAAUCCCACCAGCAAAGACGUGCCAAACAAGUGACUGGCAAUUCGCUGCAGUUUAAGAACCACUACCAGAUCCCACUGACUGAGAAGUUCAAGACUUUGCAAGCGAUGGAUUCAAACCAAUUCAGCAACUCUGCGCUAGGAGCCCUCUCAAAUGAAGAGGUGACUGACGUUUUGUGCGAGAUCUGCAGCGUUGACCCGGAGUCCAAGCCUAUGUCGAUUGACAACGACCGCGCAGCAUAUCUCAACAGCCUGUGCUCCGACUACUGGCGAGAUGUGCAGAGUGGAGACAAGGAAGAGGUCAACGGCAAAUAUUUGAUCGGGUUGGUCAAGCACAACCGCAAGGAGAAGGAGCGCAUUCUUGGUCCUUUGAGGGCUUACCCCUCUGGGGACCGGUACUGCGUAAGUAAUUCUGAGAAGCAUGAAUAUCUGCCUCGCUCGUGGAAUGCAUGGGAUGAGACUGUGUACUGGUCAUCGCAGCACAAGAAGCCGUAUGUAUCCAACCAAGACAAGACUGCUUGGGUGGAAGAGUUUGUGCCUGUGUCGGAGUACCGCCAGUAUGAAGCCAGGAAGGGCCCGGACAGUCUGCACAGUUUGAGUUUGCGGUCUGUCAACAGGGCGGCCAGCAGUGAGACCUCAACGUCCUUUUCCUCUGAGUUUAACCACAUCGUGGUGUAUGCCCCAGACCAAACAGCGCUUCUGGUAGAUCUCCACGAGCCCCAGAAAAGCUCUUACCUUCCAGAGUGCCCAGCAAUGGACUAUGCCGUAUCGGUCACUAAGCGUGACGGUGAGACCAAAGAGUACGUCACGUCCCCGACUGUUCCCCUUUCGGUUUUUGUGAGUGAACUCAUGGAGAAGCAGCAGAGCAUGCCUGCUUUGAAAGACACAGAGCCGUCUGCCAAGCGUCUCCGUGUUUUGGCUCCGCAGGAGAGCAAGGCCUCAUUUUUGCCCAGCCCACUGGGGCGCACGCAGAGACCUGUUCCUGCUCCUCAUGGCGGCCCUCGUCUCAGCCAGGAGGAGAUCGAUCGCAUUCGCUUGGAAGUGCGCCAAAGGAAGGAUGCACAGGAUCGGCAGGAGGAAGAGAACCGCAAGAAGGCGCAGGAGGAGGCUCGCAUUCAACAGCAGCAGGAGGAAGCUCGUAAGAAGGAGGAGGAGCGAGUCAAGCGAGAGGAGGAAGCACGCAUUCGACAGGAAGAGGAGGAAGCUCGUAAGAAGGAGGAGGAGCGCGUCAAGCGAGAGAAGGAGGCACGCUUGCAACAGGAAGAGGAGGAAACUCGUAAGAAGGAGGAGGAGCGCAUCAAGCGAGAGGAGGAGGCACGCGUUCGACAGGAAGAGGAGGAAGCUCGUCGUCAGAAGGAGGAGGAGAGCAUCAAGCGAGAGGAGGAGGCACGCAUUCGACAGGAAGAGGAGGAAGCUCGUUGUAAGAAGGAGGAGGAGCGCAUCAAGCAAGAGGAGGAGGAGGCACGCAUUCGACAGGAAGAGGAGCAAGCUCGCAAGAAGGAGGAGGAGCGCGUCCGACAGGAGGAAGAGGAGCGGAUGGCCCAGGAGGAAGCUUGGAAGAAGAAGGAUGAGGAGGAGAGUCGCCGCAAGGAGGAAAUGGGUGAACGCAUUCGCCAGGCGCGGGAGAAGGCGCAACAGGAGCUUCGCAAGAAGGAGGAGCAACGUGUUCAAGAGGAGCAGGUUCGCAAGGAUAAGAAGGAGACAAUGCAGGGCGAAGGGCCUACGCCUGGGUAUCCUUUGCAGGGAAAGGCCAAGACUAUUCCUGCCCCACCUUCUGUGACUAAGAAGGUUGAGAAGAAGUAGAGUAGAGCGCAAUGAUGGCCAGUGAGGUUCUGAGCACCCUCCCAAUGCAGCAAGUGGCUGUUCCC